AUGGACGCUUCAGGAGAGUGUGCGUGGCGCAUGCGCUGCUGUUGUCUGUACACGCGCUAUCCAUUCACUGCGCAACCGAUGCGUCUACAAUCUGAUGCUUUAGUUGAAGUAAAUAUACAAACCGGUAGACUGGCACGCGUCCUGGACGAUCUCGAUGAGAUUUUAGAGUCUAAUUUGAUUUAUGAAACUUUAAAAUGUGUUAGGAUCUAUUCAAUGCGAGGCCGGAUUGCGAGGGCGACGUGUCGCUUGGCGCGGCCUGUAGGUGUGAGCGGCGGGUGUGAGUGUGCGCGAGUGCGCCUGUGGUACACACCUGCCACCGCUCAGGCUUCGCCGGCUCUCACGCUCUCGAGCGUGGAGGUCGCGCUGACCUCGCAGUUUCGGUCCUCAACGGUUCCACCUCGGUCAGUCGUCCACUCCACUGCAGCAGUAGCCGCGCAACCAUUGAAACUCGUGUCUGUGCUGGUGCAUGCCGUGACUCCCGCUGGCGGUCACCGGUGA